GCUUCUUGUUACCAUCUUCCCAGCUCUUGUACUGUCAACCAGCUUUUCGAGAAAAUUACUUAUAACAGAUAUCUGCCUGCUGCUCAAUUACUUGUUCCUUGUUCUUCUGCUCGCUUGUUAAAAUGGUUUCUUACUACACAGUUUUAGGCAAAAAGGUUCCUUCCCAUAUUCUUGCAAUUGCCACAAUUGUUGCUACAGUUGGCGGUAUCGCUCUUCCCAAGUAUAUUCCAUCUUCCAAAUCUGAGUCUCCAAAGGUUGUUCCACCUCCAGUCGAGACUUCUGCUUCUAAAGAUGAGGAAUUUGAUUUUGAAAAAUUGAUCGGUGAUUUCUUAAAAGAAGAACAAAAAUAAUAAUAGCAAUAGCAACAGCAAUAUAUGCCUAUUCCUAUUUAUAACCCAUCUCUGCAUUUAUCUAUGACCUGUUUCCAAAUUAUUAUUCAUACUUUCAAUAUUCUUUUUAGAUGCUAAUAAAUCACUUUAUUACUUUCUGUUCACUUUUCC